AUGAAGACAACUCUUUUUUCCUCCUUCCUGCUCGCAGGCGCCAGUCAAGUCCACGCUCUGACUAUAAGACAAACAGCAGGCACAGGAGCCACUGUCGACUUGGCCAGGUCGACCGGCCCAGCCGCAUUCCAACAAGCAGGCUGGAUUUAUGGAUUUCCUGAUAACGGGACUGACGCUGACACAUCUAUUCCGGAAAACUUCAUCAGAGAUCUAAAGUUCAUCGGCAGUCGUGCUGGUGGUGCUCAGACCCCGACCCGUGGCUGGAUUGAUGGCUACGAAUCAUAUGUUCCUCGCCUGGAAUCUACCAUAUCCAACUAUCGCACCACACGGAAGUAUGGCGGUUACUUUGUUCUCCUAGUCCACGACAUGUGGGGUGCCGAUGGCAGCAGCAUACCCCUGUUUCCAGGAGACAAUGGCAACUGGACUGAGACGGACAACUUUUUGGCGCAGGUUGUCAAGGACCUCCAAGAAUUCAAUUUGCUUGAUAACUUGGUCAUCGACAUCUGGAAUGAGCCCGACAUCACCCCAUUCUGGAACCGCUCAUUUGAACAAUAUCUAGAAUACUACGUUCGCGCACAUAAGUUUUUCAAGCAAGCAUUGCCGCAGACCCAAAUCAGCGGCCCGUCCAUGGCUGCGGCACCAAGUCUGAGGGACACUAAAUGGCAAUCGUGGCUUCGAAGUGUCGCUGGGAAUGACACAGUCCCUGACAUUUACUCAUGGCACCAGAUUGGGACCGGCUCCCGCCAGCCCGACACCACUGUUCCAGAUUUCAACACUCUGAAAGCUGUACACAGCCUGCCCGAUCUGCCCAUCGACGUGAACGAGUACGCAGCCAAGGACGAGCAAAAUCCUGGUACUUCAGUAUACUACAUCGCACAACUUGAACGACACAACAUCCGUGGACUUCGUGCAAACUGGGGUUCGACAACGGCAUUACAUGAUGGCCUGGCCGACCUGGUUGUGAAAGAUGCAUCUGGAAGCUACUUCCCCAACGGAGAGUGGCAAUUGUACAAGUACUACGCAUCGAUGGAAGGCAAUCGUCUUGCAACCACUGCAGCAACGGACCGUCGUUUCGACGUCUUUGCCACCAGAUCUGGCAAUGGUGUGAAAAUUAUUGCAGGAACUCGCAACAAUCAGGGCCAAUAUGAGAUCCGAGUGUCAGGCCUGGCAGAUAUUGGUCUACCAGAGUCAGGCACCAUCAGCAUUCGCACUCUCCGAUUCGAUUGGGCUGGAGAUGCGGGUGAGGUCGGACCACCUCAGGACUUGGGAGCCUCUGAUAUUACCUACACGGGAGGAGCCGCCACUAUACCUUUCAACCCAGCAACGAGUUCGACCGCGUACGCGUUUGAGAUCAAUAGAGCUUAA